CCGCACCAGACGCUCCAGUGCCGUCUGGUUGUUAUAGUGAUAAACUGAGGCCUUGCCGCUUGGUUUCUGAGAGAAAGGGGCGGUGUGAGAGGGUAACCUCUUUACUUCCCCCAGGGAAUUCAAAAUAGAAGGGAAAAAGGGGGAUGGGUAAAGAAGAGAAAAAUACGUGACAAAGAAAACAUUCUCUGUCUGGGAGGAGACUCCCAGAGGGUGUAGAGCUGGAGGGAUCAUUCACUGGCCAUGCCAGUACUUACCACUGAUGCUGAGUCAGAAACAGGUAUCCCAAAAUCCCUUUCCAAUGAGCCUCCCUCAGAAACCAUGGAGGAAAUAGAGCACACAUGCCCACAGCCUCGACUGACACUGACUGCACCAGCUCCAUUUGCAGAUGAAUCUAGCUGCCAGUGCCAAGCACCCCAUGAAAAGCUGACCAUUGCUCAGGCCCGCUUAGGAACACCAGUUGACAGGCCCGUCAGAGUAUAUGCAGAUGGAAUAUUUGACCUCUUCCACUCGGGUCAUGCAAGGGCACUUAUGCAAGCAAAAACACUGUUUCCCAACAGCUACUUGUUGGUAGGAGUUUGCAGUGAUGACCUUACUCACAAAUUCAAAGGUUUUACUGUGAUGAAUGAAGCAGAGAGAUAUGAAGCUCUUAGACACUGUCGCUAUGUGGAUGAAGUCAUCAGAGAUGCGCCAUGGACUCUCACACCAGAGUUUCUGGAAAAACACAAGAUUGACUUUGUGGCUCAUGAUGACAUACCAUAUUCUUCUGCUGGUUCUGAUGAUGUUUAUAAGCAUAUAAAGGAAGCAGGCAUGUUUGUUCCAACUCAGAGAACAGAAGGCAUUUCAACAUCAGACAUCAUCACCAGAAUUGUCCGUGACUAUGAUGUUUAUGCUCGACGCAACCUCCAGAGAGGAUACACCGCCAAGGAACUGAAUGUCAGUUUUAUAAAUGAGAAGAAAUACCGUUUCCAGAACCAAGUAGACAAGAUGAAAGAAAAGGUCAAGAAUGUGGAAGAGAGGUCAAAGGAAUUUGUUAACCGAGUGGAAGAAAAGAGUCAUGAUCUAAUUCAAAAAUGGGAGGAGAAGUCAAGGGAAUUCAUUGGCAACUUCCUAGAGCUGUUUGGCCCUGAUGGAGCAUGGAAGCAGAUGUUCCAGGAGAGGAGUAGCCGGAUGUUGCAGGCCUUAUCCCCAAAGCAGAGCCCUGUGAGCAGUCCCACCCGGAGUCGGUCCCCUUCCCGCUCCCCAUCCCCAACUUUCUCAUGGCUCCCCAACAAAACCUCUCCCCCCUCAUCACCCAAGGCAGCCUCAGCCUCCAUCAGCAGCAUGAGUGAGGGGGACGAGGACGAGAAGUAAAGGCGGCUGGCCAGCAAGAGCCACACCACACAGGAUGGGGAGGGUUUUCUGGGGAAGCCUGGGUGGUGGUUGAAGGGGGAAGCAUUUCAGGAGCCACAGUUCUUCUGGGAGACUGGAGUUCUGCCAAGGGGAAGUCUGGUCCAGCUCCCCCUCCUCCACACAGCUUGGCCUGGGCUCCACAUGGAGGUUUCCAACAUGACAGCCUGCACAAACCUUCUUAGCAUCAUAGAAUCACUCCCCUUUAACCUUGCUAAGGAAAAGUGGGGAGCACCCCAUGGAGACUUGCACUGAGUAGUGUGAUUCUGCAGAAGCCGCUGCUGCCUCACCCUUCUAUGUCCAGCCCUCUUAGGGUCCUGCACGUUGCCUCCUAUCACCCAAGCUCCUCCAGAAUAAGUUAUUUUCUAACUGAGGUGGCAAAGUACUUCCAUAAUAGGCAAGUUACAGACAAAUUCCAGCCUUUUCAGCGCAGCCAUUGAGACGUGAUGAUUCAUCAACUCGUUCCCAUUCCAGAACCAUGGCUCAGAGACACAGCUUCACUUUGGGCCCCAUAGAAAAGGGCACCUAGUAUGAACCUUAACUUCUCCAUUCAGAGGACAGUUGUGUCAAGGUGAACUCCACCUAAGGUCUGACAUGCUCCUGGCUGUAUUUUCUCAUCAGUGGUGUGACUUCCUUGUUUGCCAGAAAUUACCUGCAUUGAUGGGAAUUUACCAAGAAAACAUAUCCUGGUCAAAAAAACAAACAAACAAACAACAACAACAAAACGAGUUUCUUUGCUUCAGCUCCAUGUAUGGAAGAUGAAAAAUAUCCCUUGGAACAUCUUCUUAAAGGAUGCUAUUAUGGAAUGACUCCAUUUCUGAUCAGUUUCAUAGACCUCAAGUAACAGUUUGAUGAACCAAACACAUAGUAUACCGAUAGGGGGUGCUACCUGCACGUAUCUGUUCUAUGUAUGCUUCAAAUAUGCCACCCCAGGGUAUAUCCAAUAUGCAAUAUGACUAUAUGGUGGUGGUAUUUUACCAUGUAUGCCUCUCCUGCUCUCUACCCAAACAUCCUACUGAAAUCCUUAUCUAAAGAACCAAACGGUUCCCAUGUGACUUGGGCACUUUAUCAAAAGCUCAUACCAGAUUCCUGUAGAAAUGGUUUGUUCCAGAAAAUUACUGUUGUUCUUAUGGCCUCCCAUUAUGUUUUGGGUGAAUGGAAUCUCUAAAAAGUCUUAAAAAGACUGGAGGCUUGGUCCUUUGAAUGGUCUGAGUAGUGUUGAAGUUAUUUCUGGCCCUAGGUUUGCUGAAUGGGAGGAAGACUCUCAGAUUGCUGCAGAAGUAUAGGAAGCUACUGCUCUCUAACCACAUGGAGGGAAUGAUCAGCUGCAUUCCAGGUUUGGAUCCAGUCUCUUGGUUAUCCUGAUGAAGUCAGACCGAGCUGGGACUUGACUGAGCAAAGGCCUUAACCUUCAAUUUGUCGGCAGAGCCCAGCACUUCUAAUCGCAGAAGUACCCCUUUCCAGUGGCCUUGAGAACAAGCCUUCUGGGGGCCACCAAUGAAGAAAGGCAACAAGUCUUUCCCCUUUGUGUUGGGGGUCAAACUACCUCCCUGAUCACUUGGAGACCAGUGGUGAUUUUUGGAAAGCAAAACUGUAAGGCUAAGCUAGCUUGGGACCUACUUGUUCCUGGCACUUUCUCCAAAACUCUGUAAAGCAUUCAUGCAAUGCAGGGGGCUAGCAGGAACAUGGCCUGUGAGAAGGCAAGUUCUUUUUGCAAUUAAGGCCCUCCCAGAGCAUGGCUGUCCAGCGAGAAGCAAGGGCUUCCAUUCUUCCAUUGUGCACAUUUGACCUCAAGUUUCUUCCAUGCACCCAGCAUGAAUGGUGCAUGUAUGCUUUCCAUUUCCAUCAACCGGCACUUGCGGCAGUGAAAGGAUAAGGAGAUCCACUAGGCACGCGAAGAUACUAAGAACAGAGGAAGAGGAGGAAAGAGGUUCCUGGAGAUAGGAAAGGAAGAAAAAAGGAAAUUUCUCUUAAGCCAUGUCAACAUCUCAUUCUGCAGGGGAAAUUUUCUCUUGAGGAGGCCUUUUAAUGCUCUGACUCCAUGACCUAGGACAGAUCCACUUUUAAUGGAGUCUUGUUCUGGGGCAAAUAGUGUGGGGUUGAUAUAUCAGGCUGACUAUAAAUGUGCAGACCUUACAUACCAUACUGACAAGUGCCAUGUAUGGACCAUAGAUGCCAAUGAUGGAAAAUGGCCAAUGCCUGAGAUACUGCAGGCAUGGGCCAAAACAACCUAUAAGUGAAUUCAAAGUUUCAUCCUCAACCUUGUGCAACAUCUCCUCACCUUCCUAAGGCCACAAGUCUGUUGCGAAGGAAUGGGAUGAAUCUACAAUCCAACCUUUAAUAUUUCUUGGCCAUUUCUCAGUCUUUCCCAUCCCUUACCCAACAACAACUCCCACACCUAAGAUGAACUGGGAUUGGGCCAUCCAAUUAACUGUCAUGGCCAAGAGCAAGGUAAGGUGGGAAUAACAACGUAUUACAAGCUCAGAGUGGUGAGCAGAAGUGACAGAAAGUGAGGAAAAUGGUACUUUCUCUUUAGAAAGGGAAAGAAGCAAUUUAGGAUUUUGAAUGGGGUAGGUUAAGAAUAUGGGAUAAAAUGAGACUGAAGUAGGGUGGGUAUUUUCUAUUUCCUUUCCAGGGUUAACAUGGCCCCUAAUGGAUGAAGGAUAAGAAGGGUUCCUAUUACAUACUUCCAAGGCUACUGGAUACCUAUGUGGUAUUUGGGGGUCCAAGCCUCUCUGGCUGACUUCCUCAUGUUAACACUCCCAUCUCCUCCCUGAAAGGAUCCCUCAAACCAAAUGUUGACUUUCUUUUCUCCAUCUAAAUAACAGGGGUAGAGUUGUAAGGUGACAGUCACAUUGAAUAGCUUAUUUCUGACAAGAGAAUUCCCCUGUACCAGGACCUUCCAAAAGCACUGAUGUAAUCUGGCUUCUGACUUGCUCUGGGUGCAAGAGAUGUAGCCACUCCAUUACUUAGGAUACUAAAUACUGUAAUUCUACCCUUUGGUUGGGGGAAAGGUGGCUACAAGAAGAGUACAAGCUUAUUUUCUCCCUAUCUUUAGGGCUUAUUUUAGUGCUCAGUCAUAGCCCAGAGAGUGACAUGCGAUGAUGUGAUUGGCUCAGUUAAAUCUAGCAGAGAUGAACCUGUACCUCAGGUACCCCUCACCACCAGUCCUGACCAUCUGAUUUUGUCAAAAAAAUAAGCAUUUUCAAUAUCUCUUCCUGUCUAGUUUUUCUGUUGUGUUGCCGCAGUGUGUCUGGGGACAAAGCCAUAAGAAGAGCAUACACACUUAAGACUGCUGUACAUAUAAGACAAGAAGUCAACUAGUCUGGAUUAAAGACUGACCUUAUGCCCAAGCAUUUGCUCUGGUGCUGAAUCAUGUGAACUACUGGAAUCACCCCUCUUCCAUCCCCAUACCUUCUAGCCCCUCUUCCCCUGCUCCCAUAUGGACCACAGUAUUCCCAACUUGUUUAUAAAUAAAGGGAUGCAGAGUUGCA